AUGGGAAUAUGCUCCGGAAAAAGCUCCGUUGCUGAGUACUUAAUCCAAAAACACGGAUUUCACAAGCUCCAACUCGCCCACAGGCCCAGUCAUCUGCUUGAACAAACUGAGCUACCUCCAUCUUUCGGGAGUCAAGCACCUAAAAAUGGGGCUCACGUAUUUCAGAACGUUGAUGAGCUUCUCGAUUUUGUAACGAAAAGAUGGCAAGAUCGUUGGGUGACUACCAAUAUCUGGGAUGAGGCAACGCUCGAGAGACUCCUCAUGAGACCUUAUUUUCUUCUAGUAAGCGUGGAUGCUCCAGUGAGCCUUAGAUGGAGCCGCUUCACUGAAAGGGCUUGGCGGCGGCAAUUAGAUCCUCCCGACCUCGAGAAAUUCGUGCUCUGGAACGACAAGCACCUAUACGAUAAGGAUAUCGGAAUUACCUACAUGACAGACCGUGCUCAGAUCCGAUUAUUUAACUCGUCAUCUUCGUUGCAUGAGUUGCACUCGGCGCUGGAGGAGCUAGAUUUAGCCGACGACCGACGUCUCCGCCCUGGCUGGGACCAAUAUUUCAUGCAACUUGCCUCUCUGGCAGCCCAACGAAGCAAUUGCAUGAAGCGACGAGUAGGGUGCGUACUAGUUCGAGGAAAGCGAGUUAUGAGCACAGGAUACAAUGGAACCCCUCGGAAUACGAAAAAUUGUAAUGAAGGCGGAUGCCCCCGCUGCAACUCAGGAGAGGGUGGUGGCGCUGCGCUCUCUACCUGUCUUUGUAUCCACGCAGAAGAAAAUGCUCUAUUGGAGGCAGGACGUGAACGAAUAGGGGAGGGUGCUAUAUUAUAUUGCAAUACCUGUCCCUGCCUCACUUGCAGUGUAAAAAUUGCUCAGCUUGGAAUAUCCGAAGUGGUCUACUCGCAGAGCUAUAACAUGGAUAAGGAGACCGCAUCAAUUUUGCAAGAAGCUGGAGUGAAACUCCGCCAGUUCUCUCCUCCACGCAACGGACUAGUGUACCUCCAAAGGUUCGACAUGAUGAUUAGUGCUGAUCAUGAAGUAUUUAACUCGGAGCCAACUAUAUGA